UAUAUAUUUUUGACUAUUAUUUACAUUAAAAUGCUUUCAAACGUCAUGCAGUGCAAACUAGUCUAAGCUAUUACCACACAACUCCUUCAAUUUUCUCUCUCCCUCCCACAGACACAAGCAAAGAAAAAAAAAAGUAAAAUGUCUAGGACUAACUACACUACUAGUGGUAGCACUGCCACUGCGGCGGCGACCGGAGGUUCUCUGUGGCAGUUUGGUAGAGGAUUCGGUCAAGUUUUGGCCUCUGUGGAUGAGUACCAAACAUGGAGGGCAACAGCACUCGACAAUCAAUUGGGAUUGUCUGAAAGAAAGUUGAAAGUUAAUCAUCAAGAUGAUGAUGUUGAUGAUGAUCUGAAUCAUAGAAUAAAGACCAGUAGUUUCAACAACAUUCAAUUGAGAUUAUUUCCGGAGAUGAAAGCUCACCAACCCAUUUAUCUGCAGCAGCAGCAUCAAGUACAGCAACAGCAGCAGCUGCAGACUGACAAGUGGCACAAGACAUUGCCUCCUGCUGAAAUGCUGCCCAGGAAUGAGGUCUUGGGAGGCUAUAUCUUCGUAUGCAACAACGAGACGAUGCAAGAGGAUCUUCGUCGCCAACUUUUUGGGCUUCCGCAGAAAUAUAAGGACUCUGUACGGGCAAUAACCCCUGGCUUACCCCUUUUCCUUUAUAACUACACUGCCCACCAGCUUCAUGGAGUAUAUCAGGCUGCGAGUUUUGGAGGGUCGAACAUAGACCCAACAGCUUGGGAAGACAGGAAAUGCAAAGGAGAAUCAAGGUUUCCAGCACAGGUUAGAAUUCAAAUCAAGAAGAAUUGUAAGCCACUAGAAGAAGAUGCUUUUAGACCUAUCUUAUACCACUAUGACGGCCCAAAGUUUCGAUUGCAGCUCUCUGUGCCUGAGGCACUUGCAUUACUAGACUUAUUCAAAGAAGAGGACUACUAGAGGAGUAACCUCCAGGAAUAUAAAUUAGCUUAUGCAAGAGAUCUUACAGAUAUAGAGACAAAGAAAAUGAUCCCCCAGUGAAUGAUAUUGGUAAAAUCCGCAAAGGACUGCAAAACAGAAUGGAUUUUUAAUUUGGAGAAAUAGCUUCCUCUCCAUGGUCAGAAUUCAGAAAUGAAGAUUAAAAAGUAAAUGAGCAUAAUUAUUGUAGGCAAGUGUGUAAUAUGGAAAAGUUUGAAAACAUCAUAAUGGGUUUCUAUCAAUAAACUAGAUAAUACAGUUUUAUGCCUA